AUGUCUGGACGUGGAAAGACUGGAGGCAAAGCCAGGGCUAAGGCCAAGACCCGCUCAUCUCGUGCUGGGCUGCAGUUCCCUGUCGGCCGUGUUCACAGGCUUUUGAGGAAGGGCAACUACGCUGAGCGCGUCGGCGCUGGAGCUCCCGUCUACCUCGCUGCAGUGCUGGAAUACCUCACUGCUGAGAUCCUGGAGUUGGCCGGAAACGCUGCCCGUGAUAACAAGAAGACCAGAAUCAUCCCCCGCCAUCUGCAGCUGGCUGUCCGCAAUGACGAGGAGCUGAACAAACUGCUCGGCGGAGUUACCAUCGCUCAGGGCGGUGUUCUUCCUAACAUCCAGGCUGUGCUGCUGCCCAAGAAAACCGAGAAGCCAGCAAAGAAGUAAAACUGCAGGCUUACUAAACCAACCCAACGGCUCUUUUAAGAGCCACCCAAAUCUCCCCAAAGAGCGAGAUUUACCAUGAUCAGAUUGGUACUUGAAAUGAAAGAUUACAGACAAUUCAAAGUUGAAUGUCAUUGUAAUGACACUAAAGGAAAUGU